CAUUCCGCGUGUCCUAAUUAAAAUCUAAACCACAUUGUCUUUGUCUUUCAAGUUACAAAAAGGUUAUAACAGAUUAGUUUUAUUAACAAGACAUCGAAAAGAAAAUUAUAAUCAGACCAUCUUCAAAACGUCAUGAUAACAGUAGCAAUUGCCGCCGAGUUGCUUGAAGAAUACACAUUGGCGCUAGUUCGCAUCACCGCCACACUCCUCCCUCCACCACCAACAAGUCGCCGUCGAAGGGUGCGGGCUCCCACUAGCCGUGGCCAAGCUGAUUCUUCCUUGCCUCGCAGCGACGUCUCCCCAUCUUGCGCUCCAAACUACGACGCGUUUGUCCUAAAUUUCUGAGUUCUUUUUACUUUGUCUAGGCGAAAAGAUUUUCGAAUUUUCUUCUUCUUGGUUGUAGUUUCGAAACAUAUGCAUGCUUGUGUUAUGCAAUUGUAACUUCGUAUUUUUUCCUGAGUUGAUGUUUUUCUACAAUGAUAAAUAAAAAAAAUUCAGAGAACCA